AUGGCACCACGGAAAGACAAAAAGUCUCAGAACUCAACCUGGAAGCUUCAUUGGGACUUUAUUCAUCCUGCGGAAGAUGGAAUUUAUGAUUCAGGAAAUUUUGAACAGUGUCUGCAGGAGAAGAUUAAACUCAAUGGGAAAACUGGGAAUCUUGGAAAUAUUGUUCACAUUGAACGCUUCAAGAAUACAAUCACAGCUGUUUCUGAGAAACAGUUCGCUAAAAGGUAUUUGAAAUACCUUACCAAGAAGUACCUUAAGAAGAACAAUCUUUUUUAUGAUUCAUUUUGUGUGGUUGCAUCUGACAAGGAGACUUACGAACUUUGUUACUUCCAGAUUAGUCAAGAUGAAGACAGAUCAGAGUCUGAGAAUUAG